GCGGCCUCUCCCGCCGCCGGUGGGCGGGAGCGCCGGGCGGGCCGGGCCGGGGCCAUGGCGCUGCCCGUGCUGUCCAGCUCGGCCGUGAAAUUCCGCCGGGUCCUGGCGCACUUCCCGCAGGAGCUCAGCCUGGCCUUCGCCUACGGCUCCGGCGUGUUCCGGCAGGCGGGCGCCUCGGCCGAGCACGGCGAGACAAAUAUGCUGGACUUUGUGUUUGCUGUUGAUGAUGCUGUGACCUGGCAUACAACAAACUUGUCAAAGAACAGGAGUCAUUAUUCCUUCCUUAAAUAUUUUGGACCCAAAAAGAUAAGUACCAUACAGAGGUAUGGAGCAGGAAUUUACUACAACACCUUAGUGCCAUGCAAUGGCAGGGUGAUAAAAUACGGAGUAAUCAGCACUGAUGCCCUGAUUGAGGAUUUGUUUCACUGGAAAACUCUCUACGUGGCUGGACGCCUCCAAAAGCCGGUGAAAAUCCUGGCCCAGAAUGAGAGCAGCAGGCUGCAGGCUGCCCUUGUCAGCAACCUGAAGAGUGCAGUGACUGCAGCCUUCCUCAUGCUGCCAGAGAGCUUCUCUGAAGAGGAGCUGUACAUGCAGAUCGCAGGGCUCUCCUACUCUGGUGAUUUCAGAAUGAUCAUAGGAGAAGACAAAUCCAAAGUGCAGAACAUAGUGAAGCCCAACGUGUCCCAUUUCCAGAAGCUGUACAGUGCCAUACUGCAGGACUGCCCUCAAGUGGUGUACAAGCACCAUCUGGGGAGGCUGGAGAUUGAUAAAAGUCCAGAAGGUCAAUUUACACAGCUUAUGGCUUUGCCAAGGACUCUACAACAGAAGAUAACUGCUCUGGUAAACCCUCCUGGAAAGAACAGAGAUGUGGAAGAAAUUUUACUGCAAGUUGCCCAUGACCCUGACUGUGGAUUUCUGGUGCAUCAGGGCAUUUCAGGAAUUGUGAGAGCCUCCAGCGUAGUGCAGAGUGCUAAAACCAUCCUGACAGCUGGAGCAGGUUUACAUAUAAAAUAUCCAGAUUUUGUGAUAACUACUCUCUUCAUCAGCUGCCUGAGCAGGUAACUGCUGGCUUGACUGUAAAUAUCACUAAAUAUGGAUGUGUCUGUGCAUGCCACACUACAAAUAUUUAAUUAUUGCUGCACAUGACAGCUGUCCAGCAGUACCUGCAUCCAAAGGAGCUCCAGGACACUGCAGCCAGGCAAACCUGGCAGGGGACUUGAGGGGCUCCCAGUCCCAUUUUUUUUUUGGUGGCAUUUUUUCCUGUGUCCUGACUGUUUCAGGAAGGUUCUUUGCCUAUCUGCCUGCUGGAUUAGGCUGUCAUUCCCCCAGGGAAAUCCUGAAUUUGAUGCCCUGAGCACCUUCUGGCUGA